GCAAAAAACCAAAACACUCAGCGGUGUUCGCCAUGUUGUGUUGAGGAAACACGAGAGAAUAUAUAGACACAUCUGAGGGGUUUCAGCGCAUACGGGAGAUUUAACCUGUUUCAUCUGAUCCUGGAUCAUUCCAGACGCGCAUGGGAUUAUACGGGGAACAUAGUUUAUCCGACACUAUGAAAUACACUCUUUUUAUUUGAUGUUUUUUUUUUUUGGGUGGUCAUAAUGUUUAAACCCUGAACUGGAUUUAUAUUCUUGUGUUCUGGAAUGACGAUGACUAUGAUUAUAUGAAUCUUCAGAUCUAUUUUAAUCAUUUUAAAAGAAUCAGAAGAUCGCCUCGGGAUGUUUUUGGACCUGAAUGAAUCAUGAAUGGAAAUAAAAACUCAAAACGAGCUGUUUCUGUAUGUGAUCAAUUCUGAUCAAUAAGUUUAAGAACAUAUUUCCAGUGUGAAGUGGACAUGCUGCUGUUACAGUAUGGUUGUAUUAAUGUUUGAUAUUUCAUCCAUAGAAACCUCCAGGCUGAGGAUUUGUCAAAUCUCUCAAACACUAAACCUCUCUUACAGACUUACACAUUGAUCCGGACCUGUUUGCUCACAAAUAAAUGCUUUUGGCAAUAUUAAAACAUUACAUUUAGAGGGAGUGGAUUAUCAGCUUGGGAUUUAUUACAGUAGAAGAAUCUGCACUGAAAAUGAGGACAGGCACCAAACUGGCCUUGGCCAUAUUCCUCGUCUCCUGUUCAUCAGGUGCGAUUCUGGGGCGCUCGGAGACGCAGGAAUGUGUGUUUUAUAAUGCGAGCUGGGAAAAGGACGGCACGAACCGGAGUGGAAUCGAGUCGUGUUAUGGAGAAAAGGACAAACGCCGACACUGUUUCUCCACCUGGAAGAACCGCUCAGGAACCAUCGAGAUGGUGAAGCAGGGAUGCUGGCUCGAUGACGUCAACUGCUACGACAGCAGUGAGUGUGUGGAGCGUAAGGAGAAUCCUGAUGUCUUCUUCUGCUGCUGUGAGGGGAACAUGUGCAACGACAGGUUUCUCUACAGUCCAGAGACUCUUCAGACCACAUCGAACCCUGUCAGCCCGAAGCCGGACCCCUUUCCCACAAUGCUCUACUCUCUGAUUCCCAUCAUGGCUGUCGCUGUGAUUCUCUUCAUCUCGUUCUGGAUGUACCGGCAUCUGAAGCUGUCGUAUCCGCCGCUGCUCGUGCCGUCUCAGGAUCCCGGACUGAUGCCCCCGUCUCCUCUGUUGGGCCAGAAGCCUCUUCAACUGUUAGAGGUCAAGGCUCGAGGACGCUUCGGCUGCGUCUGGAAGGCUCAGCUGCUCGACCAACCGGUGGCGAUCAAAAUCUUCCCUGUCCAGAAUAAGCAGUCAUGGCAGAAUGAAUAUGAGAUUUAUAGUGUGAGUGGAAUGAAGCAUGAAAAUAUCCUUCACUUCAUUGGAGCAGAAAAAAGAGGAAGCGGAGUGGAUAUAGAGCUCUGGCUCAUCACAGCGUACCAUGAGAAGGGCUCGUUGACAGACUUCCUGAAGGCUAAUGUUGUGUCCUGGAAUGAGCUAUGCCUGAUAGCGCAAACGUUUGUGUGCGGCUUGGCAUAUUUACAUGAGGACAUACCCAACCUGAAGGAUGGACACAAGCCUGCCAUUGCACACAGAGAUAUCAAAAGUAAGAAUGUGUUACUGAAGAGCGAUUUAACCGCCUGUAUGGCUGACUUUGGCCUGGCGCUGAAGUUUGAAGCAGGGAAAUCUACAGGUGACCUACACGGACAGGUGGGAACGCGACGCUACAUGGCUCCUGAGGUGUUGGAGGGAGCGAUUAGUUUCCAGCGCGACGCGUUCCUCAGAAUCGACAUGUACGCGGCGGGUCUGGUGCUGUGGGAACUGGCCACGCGAUGUACAGCAGCCGACGGUCCUGUGGAUGAGUACUCUCUGCCGUUCGAGGAGGAGGCGGGUCUUCAUCCGUCUCUGGAGGACAUGCAGGACGUCGUUGUGCAUAAGAAACUACGACCGAUAUUCAGAGAAGACUGGCUAAAACAUACGGGUCUGGCGUUGCUCUGCGAGACUAUCGAGGAGUGUUGGGAUCACGAGGCCGAGGCUCGUCUGUCUGCGGGAUGUGUUGAGGAACGCAUCAUCUCAAUGCAACGCAACACCAACCUCAUCGCCCCCGACGACAUCCUCUCUGUCGUCACCAUGGUUACCAACCUGGACUUCCCUCCUAAAGAAUCCAGCCUAUGAUGUUGUUCUCUUAGCUAGUCGUAUUGCAGCGCGUGAGCGAAAAAAGCGGACUAAAGUUUAAGUGAAAAACGAGUGCAAAAACUUAAAAAAGAUCUCAAGACCCAAGAAGAUAAGACACACGGACAUCUGGGUUUGCACCAAAACAUCUUUUAUGCAUAAAGGAAUGACUUUUCUGUUUUGUAAGAACACUAACUCAUUUGAUUUUAGUAUAAAAAGGGCAAAACUCUGGACUGCAUUUGCUGUUCGUUUCUGCAAAUCAUUACAGUCAUGCCAAUACGAGACAAUUCUGAAUGUCUGCCGUUCAGCCGUGAAUCACACACUGAGGAACUAGUGCUGAAAUAACCAUAAACCUCCCUAAACAGGAAUACCUCAUUUUGAUUUAUCGUGCUUUUAUCUGAGCAGCUGCUACAGACGCGAGAUGAGAUGAGUAGCUGCAACACACGGUAGUGUUUCACAUCUUCAUUUCAUGCAUCACAAAACUCUUCUGAAGGGGUCGUAUCAUGAGGAGAUCACAGAAUCCAGGGUCCAACAAUAACGUCUGCCAAUAGCGGAUCCAUUUGGACAAUUUGCUUGCCAGACAUUUUUACAACUUGUGCAAAUGUACAGUAUUUUACAUUUGUGUUAAACACAAUUUUCCAUGUUAGUGACACAUCAUGACACAUUGUGUUUAUGUUCAUAUUUAUAUUUUUGUGGCUUAAUGCGAGGAAUGGAGAGCUGGAGAGUUUAUUUUAACCCCAUGCUGUGAAAACUACUCGUACUGCCCUUCAACUUUCUGAUGUGAACAUCAAUGUAUGAACACGUUAAUAAUAAGGCCUACUCAGUGUUUGGGGUCUUGCGUUAGCCCGUCAUGCUGUCUAACAGUCUGAUCACCAGCAGCAAUUACAAUGAGAGUAAAAUGUGGUUAAGUGUGUAUUAAGGCUUGUGCUGUGGUCAGAAACAUGCAGCUCAUGUUUUUCAACAAGAUCCCUGAUCAUUUCAGUCUGAGCGACACAUUUCUGUGCAGAUUGAUUUGUGAAUCUGUCGAUCUGAUGCAUCUUCACAAAGAGGUUGUUACUGAAGGACGGAGCAGUUAAAAAGAAGAUUGAACCCACAUCAGACACACUCAUUUUACUCGUUUCACGUGAAGAGAUGUUUACAUUGAAGACAAAAGUGGGAGUAGUAGGAAAGAAACCUUGACAUGCAUUAUAAGUGGGUUAGGUUAGGACCUGAUGAUAGGCCCCUUUAACGGCAGUGUUUGUACCCAAUCACAUCAUUCAGGGCUGUAAAAUCUGUAUAACGCCGCAUUCUCCUGUCGCUCUUUCAUCAUCUCUUUCUGGAACACUACAGCAGUAUUCAGGGAGGCAGGAUCCUGCUCACUCACAGCAAUUAUGCAACCGACAUGCAGUAGCAAUUGCAUCUGUAGCUUCUAUUUAUUUCAUUAAUAAUGUGACAAAUUCUCAGUACUGUGAAAACAAAUGGAGGUCAUUGUUGCCCUGAACAAACAAACCAACUGUUGGGUGAAAAAUCGGUUUGUUAAAGACAUUUCACAUCAAUCUGUAAUUCCCCCAGCAAAACACGUGUACAGGAAAUCAAUAAUGUAAAUAUUAUUGUUGGUUUUAAAUUAUUAGACUAGCAUGAUGUUGCUCUAUUCUUUUUGGUGUCACUAAUCAAAAACAGUCAUUUAUAAAGAAACUAUUCCAAAACAUUGUACUGCUGAGUAUUUUAUACAACUUUUUAUUGUCUUAAUGUUUGCAGGCCCAAAGUCCCUGAUUAUACAUGUGAUUCUCUCUCCUGUUUUAAUAUAAAGAACUUUUCUUUAUUCUC